AUGCAGCUACUCGUCCUUUUAAGCUUAGCAGUGCUUGGCAGCAAUGCCGCAUCCGUCAAGCAGGAUAGGAAGUUUCCUGAUGAUUUCAUCUUUGGUGCUUCUACCACGGCCUACCAGAUAGAGGGAGCUUGGAAUAUAAGUGGCAAAGGAGAAAGCAUGUGGGACUACUUGACCCACAACAAGCCGGAAGAGAUCGCAGACGAGAGCAACGCAGACAUCGCAUGCGAUACCUACAACAACUACAAACGGGACGUAGAGAUGAUGAGGGAAUUAGGUUUAGAUGCUUACAGAUUCUCUCUGUCCUGGUCCAGAAUUCUGCCCACCGGCUUCCCCAACCAAGUAAAUCAAGCGGGAGUUGACUUCUACAACAACUACAUCGAUGAAAUGCUCAAGUACAACAUCACGCCCAUGGUAGCGCUGUACAGUUGGGAUUUGCCUCAGAAACUCCAAGAGUUGGGAGGAUUUACAAACCCCCUCAUUAGUCAAUGGUUUGAGGAUUACGCUAGAGUAGCAUUUUCCUUAUUUGGUGAUCGAGUUAAACUUUGGUUGACGCUUCAUGAUCCUAGGGAGAUAUGCUAUGAAGGUUACGGUCAGACAUUAAAAGCCCCUCAGCUGAAUGCCACUGGUAUAGGGGAGUAUUUGUGCACGAAGAACUUGUUGGUGGCUCAUGCGAAGGCGUACCACGCGUACAACAACGACUUCAAGCCCAGCCAGGGCGGGGUGUGUGGAAUCACGAUCAGUAUUAACUAUUACCCGCCAUUGACGGAUUCUGAGGAGGAUACGGCGGCUUCUGAACUUUUUAAGCAAUCACAGUGGGCCAUAUACUCCGAUCCCAUUUUCACGGAGCAAGGUGGCUGGCCCAAGGAGUUCGCUGAGCGCGUUGCCGCAAAAAGCGAGGAACAGGGCUACCCCAGAUCUCGUCUCCCAGAGUUCACUGAGGAAGAGAUAGCCCUCGUGCAAGGCGCUUCGGACUUCAUUGGUAUUGGUCACUACACAGCCUCUUAUGUCUACGCUUACGCUAGUGAUUAUGAGGCAGGUAAUAUCGUGCCGAGCCUGGCGGACGAUACGAAUGUAGGCACGUCUACGCCCGAUGAAUGGCCUACGGCAGCGUCUUCCUGGUUAAGACUAGCCCCCCUCAGCUUAUACAACACCUUAAACGACGUACACAUAAGAUACAACAGCCCAGUCAUAUACGUGACGGACAAUGGAUGGUCCACAACCGGCGGUCUUGAGGAUGACGAUCGCAUCCUUUACUACAGAGCCAAGCUGAACGACCUGCUGGAUGUGCUGGAUGAGGGAGUCGUGCAGAUAAAAGGAUACAUGGCCUGGGGUUUCAUGGACGCAUUUGAGUGGUUGGAGGGAUACACAGAGCGCUUUGGUAUUUACGAGGUGGACUUCGAAUCGGCCGAGAGGACGCGAACUGCUCGCAAAUCCGCGCUGGUCGCCAAACACAUCAUCGCCAACAGAGUGGUCGACGCUGACUACGAGCCAGAAAACCUCAAUAUCACCAUAGAUGAAGGACAUUGAUGACAACUUGACUACGUUGAA